GGUUGAGGAUGGUGACGACGUUCUGGCAGACGACAUUCUGUAUCUCACACUCGGACCACAUCGGCAUCGGACACACACACGUCGGCACCCACCUGCACAACCAUUGCACAUCGACAUAUAUAUAUGUGUGUGUGUGUGCUGGCCUCACCCAGAUAGACGAGAGGUGGCGUGAGUUGCGUAUGUCCACUGCGUUGUGGUGCGCAUGUGGAUGACGAGCUCAUCACCAGCGCAGCACGACAUCUGACACGCGUGAUCGGCCUGCAAUCGGACACACACAGACAGACAGACAGACAUGCACGUCUUUGUGCGUCAUGCUUUGGUGACCUUGAAGCUCGCGACGGCUUGUGUCACGACGGGUGUCUGCUUGUUGCAUGACUCCAGCCAAAACGCAAUCUCACUGGAUGGAUGGACAGAUACACACAUACAUAUGCAUCCAUCUCAGCCACGUCAGUGUGAGUGUGUGCAUCUCAUCUGCCGGCUGCCUACACCGAGUCGGGCGGUGCGAAGACCGUGUGUGCCGGAUUGCUCAUCGGCGCGACCUCCACCUGCAACACACACACACAUAAAGGUGUCCGUCGAUACAUGCGUUGGGGGUGUGUGUGUGGCUUACCGCGGCGAAGCACAACUCGAAGGCCAAGAGGGCGGGUGGGGCCGUGUCGAUGUGUGGCGGGCAGUCGGGGGGAGGGAAGCGCACAGACGAGAAGGGCGUGGGUGGGAACGACAGCACAUCCUCCGCCUCCUCAGCAUCAGCAGCAUCGGACGACGAGGCCGACACGCCGUCGAGACUGUCGCUGCUCUCCUCGCACUUCACCACAUGGGCCACCGAAUCCCUGACACGCACACACACACACACAGAGAGAGAGAGAGAGAGGGGCGUUGGUCAGUGAGGGAGAAUGGCUGUCAGCAGGAAAGGUGCCCGCGAGAGGCUGAGCGCGUGUGUGUGAGAUGACUUGACUUUCGCGCAUAAGGGAUCAGCAAGCGUUUGGGCGACGGAAGUGUGUGUGGGUCGCGCGGCUUCCGAUGGAGUUGUCGGUAGGGUAGCCACCCUGGGAGAGUGCUUUGUAGAACACAUGGGGGUCUCUCCAGCUCACAGAUAGGCCUUCAU